CUCAUGUAAACAAAGUCCAUAGUCAAGAUGGAAAGUAUUAUAUCUUUCAAGAAACAUGAUCCAGAGAAUAUUGACUAUGCAAAAGUCUAAAAAUCCAUUAAAGAAAAAGAAGAAGAGUGAGUUUCAUAGAAUAUAGAUGUUUAGAAUCCUUUGAAAGGAAGACGAGGAAGGAAAAGACAGUUGUAUAUUUUUGACGUUUGAAGAAUUGCUGAUCACUUUUUCUAAAUAUGAUGGUCGUAAUACAGUGAUUCUUUAAGGAAGGAUGGAAGGCGAACUUCCAGAAACACGAGAGGUUAUGAAUAACAGACAUGUUGGUGGCAGAAAGAUCAAACAGUGAGAUCACAGAAUUGCUGACGUCCGAUUCAUAAUCAGAGAAGAAAGUGGAGAAGGCUGUUACUUCAUUAUAUGUGUAACUGGCAUGCUACUCGAACUUCCAGUUUCAUCACUUACGCAGUUACUGAAGAACCAGGAGGCACUGAAAGAAGCAGUGAUAAUGGCAAAAAAAAAAAAAAAAUUAAAUUCAUUAGGCUGGAAGAAGAGAUAAAAAGAUCUGAAGAAGUGCUCCCAGGACCAAAGUCAAUAAGCAAGGAAAAGCAAGAAUUGGGUGAAAUCAUAUAUGAAAAACUGGUGACAAGAUAUUCGACAGAAGCCUCCAAGCUAACGGAAAUGCUGCUGCAGAUGGAAUAUAGGGAUCUGUUGCGCGUAAUGGCCGAGCCCGAACACCUCACUGAAAAGGUGGAAUUGGCUCAUGUUUUGCAAGGCGAAACCAAAGACAUAGUUCUGAUUCUCUGUAUUUUUGGAAAUGGGGUUCGAAGUUAUGAGAAAGCUAAUUUUCGAGAAGGAGAUUUUUCAUUGUUGUUUAUAUCCUAGAAUCUUAUGAAUGGACAAAUAUUUAUGACAAAUAUAGUGAGAUUGUUAAUUUUUUAUUUAUCAAGUAAUAUUUUAUGAUUUUUUUCUCUGCCAAUAAAUUUUAUAAA